AAAAUAAAUUUCAAUAAAAUGUCCCUGUUUUUGUCUUCAACAGCAAAAAUCUUUAGUUUUCUGUAUAUGAAAGUGUCAGAGUUAUUGGGCAAUGCCAAGAACUAUAUUGUGAACAAGGCCAGGGGUUAUGUUUUGGCGAGGUUGGUUGAGAUGCAAAGGAGGUCUGCGUUUAUUGUAGGCCUUCAACUAGAGGAUAUGAGCUUCGACUCCAUGGAUCUCCUUUUCAAGAUCUCAGUGUUCAACUCGUUUCUGUUUUCUCUGCCUGUCAGUCAAGCCUCUCUCAAAAUGAAAAUCAGUGGCAGUGAACCUAUAUCAGGGAAAUUGAAGGAGCCAGUGUAUAUGAAGGCAGGAGCAGAGUCUAUAUUGUCUGUGUUAGCAAAGGUGCCAUAUAGUAUGCCUAUAAAUUUGGCAAAUGACAUUUCUGUAGAUAAAAACAUCGACUACCGCAUCGAUCUCCAACUCACAAUUCACCUUCCUAUCAUUGGUAACAUCUCUCUACCACUUCCUUGCCAACAAGGAGAGGCCAAAAUCUCCGAGUUGUUUAGCAAAUUGAUGGAUCAAAUCAUGUUGAGUUGGUGA